AUGCUCGAGGACAAGUCCAAGGGCAAGGGAAAGGUGACAGCGACCGUGCCGGCGACGGCGGCAACAGACCACUCCCCCAAUGCACAAGCGACGGGUAUGGACCCUUUCGACUCGAGCGGCUUGCUCUCCAACACGUUCGCCAGGCCUCCGCCCCAGGUCCCUUACACCUACGGCGCACCGACCACCAUGGACGGCAUGACGGCCACUAGCAACUUGGCCAAUGUCGACGCGCUUUCCAGCGGAGACGACUGCCCUCGGUGA